GACGUGGUGGGCCACGGCUGGGACAAUGCAGUUCCUGGCUUGGUUAAUGGUAGCCAUUUGCUUCCUCCCUGGGGUGACUACAACCCAGCACCGUGCAGGCCCCAGCCCACCCCUUACAUGGCUCCCCUUGCAGCUGCUCUGGUCUGGGCUGGAGCUGGAUAUCAUGGGGCAGCUGCACAUCCAGGACGAGGAACUGGCAUCCACACGUCCAGGCCGCCGGCUCAGUCUCCUCCUGCAGCACCAUGUGCCCAGUGACCUGGAGGGCGCUGAGCAGCGGCUGCAGCAGUUCCAGGACCUGCAGAAGGGACCCCCUCUUAGCCCUUGGGACUUUGAACAUUUGCUCCUCACAGGCCUGUCCUGUGUCUACCGGGUCCACGUGGCUAGUGAGGCUGAGGAGAGAGGUCGCUGGGCCCAGGUCUUCGCCCUCCUGGCACAGGAAACACUCUGGGACCUGUGCAAGGGCUUCUGCCCCCAGGGCCAGCCCCCUUCUCUGGGGCCCUCGGCCUCUACCCUUGACCCCUUCCCCUAA